GAUUACAGUAAGGAAAGACACCUUCGUACAUUGCUUAAAUCGCCAUAAAUAUAUUACUUUUAUUGUUAAAAUCACCUUUGAUUUGGUACUAAUGCAAAUCAUGGCAAACGAUAUUCUUUGUGAAGUAAGGAAGGAGUAGGGAGGAUGAGCUGGGAAAUUAACGGAGAUACGCGUGAUUAUUGGGGAGAUGAUCACAGGAGAGUGCAGGGAUUCUCUGCUGAGUGGAGCCCCCAAGUGCCAUGUGUUCGUUCUCCAUUGUUUAGCUUUGAGAGAAAGGGCUCGGCGUUUAAGACACCACCAAGCACGGUGCAAAAGCUCGGCGAUCAUAUAUAUCCGAGCCCUGCUUUUCGUCAUCAGUGCUUUGAGUGCAAAUAAGUUCAUUUGCAUGCCAGCAGCUCUUUCAGCAGUGGGGUUUCCGUGUGAAAUUUGUGAUCCAGUCCUUGCACUUACCCCUUACACAAAUCAAACAUAAUUUUAGCACUAAAGGGACAUUGUCUUGUUCGUUGAAGAACAUCAUAUGACCUGUUAGUUGAUGAAAAUGGGUGACACUUGCAAGAACUGCAGGAGUUGGGAAGAGGAGAUCUUCUGGACCCAUUUCCAGACAGUCCAUUUCUCUCAGUUUCUUCAUGCUGGUUUCAACCACCAGCUUGUAAGUUCUUUUUUGAUAUGGAAUAGCUUGAGAAAUUAUGCUCUUUCGUGGGUGUUGAGCCUAUGCCGGAAAAAUUUGCCACAAAUUUCAAAAAGAAACUACCAGAAAUUGUGACUCUCAAAGGUCCUAGUGGCGACACAUGGAAUGUUGGAUUGACAGAAAAAGAUGAUGCCCUGUUCUUUGAUCAUGGGUGGGAAAAUUUUGUUAAAGACCAUUUCCUAGAAGAGAAUGAUUUCUUGGUAUUCAAGUACAAUGGGGUCACCCAUUUUGAUGUAUUAAUAUUUGACGGACAGAGCAUGUGUGAGAAGGCUUCUUCAUAUUUUGUCAGAAAAUGUGGACAUGGAGAACAUGAGAGUGGAUAUAAUAUAAAAACAAAAAUGCCACUAAGUUCUGUCGAUAUUAUUCAUACCCCAUCUGCUGUUGAAGGCACUCCACGGAAGGCCACAAAUAUCCAGAAUGACACACCACCAAGAGAGCCUAUAAUCUUGGGAGCUUCUAACAAGAGAAUGAGAAGUGGAAACAAUUCUGUUAGAGAUCCUUACAACAGACAGAGAGGAAGACAUGAAUCUGAUGACUUCCUUGAAGAUGUGGAGAUCAAACCAGAUAUUGCGAACUUGUCCCUAAGUAGGAAGCUUUGUGAUAGCCCAGAGUUUUUGUCAAAACGAAGGCCUGUAACUGAAGAUGAGAAAAGGAAUGCUUUGCAUUUGGCAGAAGCUGCAACAACUGAUGAAGGUUUCUUUGUAGUUAUGCGCCCUACGUGUGUAUACAAGAAAUUCUUCAUGUCAAUACCUUCAUCAUGGGUGAUCAGAAAUCUUUCUCUGGAAAACCAAGAUGUGAUUCUACGAACAAAUGGAAAUAUGUGGUAUGCCAGAUUCAGUUGUUAUAAACCUCGCCACAGUGGAGGCCUUUUAGCUGGGUGGAAGAAGUUCGUUUUAGAUAACCACUUGGAUGAAUUUGAUGUAUGUGUGUUUGAGCCAGUCAGGCUUGGGAGUAACCCCAUUGUCCUUGAUGUUAGAAUCUUUCGUGUUGUACAAGCAGCAAUUCCGUCGAGCCAAGUGAGGCCAGACUAAGAAAAGUGGUGACACAAUACAUGCAUAAGGCUAGGACUUUUUUGGAGGCGGACAUAAGAUGAGUUUUGCAACUCUGUUCUUUCUCCUACCAUGUAGCUGUCUCAGAUUUUCCCUACCAAGGAUUUCUCAUGAAUUGCUCGGGUUUAUAACUUUGUUGACUUUUCAGUACUAGAGCUUCUUAAGAAUUUGUUGCUGGGAAAACUAUUCUCCAAGGUAUUAUGCAUAGAUGUCUAUAUAGAUUGACAGUUUAUGAAGUUGCAUCUCUGUUUUUUAUCUUCUGAAGCUUUGGUGUCAAGUAUAUUGGUUUUAUGCGUUGAUUGCAAUGUCAAGUAUCUAGUGUGUAUUCCUGGCUGGUACUUCUCAUGAGUCAAAUUGAAGUACUUAUUGAUCGGA